CCAGCAGAAAACCCUGUUUUUCAUCCAUUCUUUUCAUUGCUUUGGUUUUUCCAAUGGUUCUUUGGUUAAGCAUUCUUAACUGCCAAAGUGUUAAAUAUAUGUAGAACCCUAAAUGUUUUUUGUUUUGUUUUUAAAACUUAUUGAUUUAAGGGAACUCUCGAAGUGUUUUUUUCUUCUUCUUUUUUUUUAAUGUAGAACCCUACAAAAGAGCUUUUCUGUAUGAGAGAGACUUGCGUAUUCGUAUAAACUUCUGCAUUAGGAAGAUUAGGAGAAUCAAAGAAAAUCUGAAAACGCAAUGUCCACGCGUUCAACUUUUUUUUUUUUAACAUUGAAUUGCAAAUUCCUCUGUGUCAGGACAGGUCUGGCAAACCCUAAUCAAGUGAUAUAUGUCUGUAGACUAGCAUGGUUUAGAGAUUCCCCUGCUUAAACACACCUGAUUCAGCUGCAUCGAUUCAGGCCGAGCUUUUACAGAUGUCGUAGAGCUGGGAAAAUGACUAACAUUCCAAACCAGAGUUGGUGUCCUCUAUAGAAAAAGGGUUCCUCUGGUGCCAUAGAUCUCAGAGGCAACAUUAAAGAUGUAGGGCUAGGGGGCAUGGUGGCUUACUGGUUAGCACACUUGCCUCACAUUUCCAUGGGUGUGGGUUUGUUUCCUGCUUCCGCCCUGUGUGCAAGGCGUUUGCAUUUUCUCCCUGUCCUUCGGGGGUUUCCUCUGUGUACUUGGUUUCCUUCCGCGGUCCAAAGACGUGCGUUGUAGGCAUUGGUUGCCAUUUCCAAAUUGUCUGUACUGCGUGAAUGGGUGUGUGCGAUUGUGCCCUGCGAUGGGUUGGCACCCUGUCCAGAGUGUCCCUCUGCCAUGUGCCCCGAGUUUCUUGGGAUAGGCUCCAGGCUCCAGAUAGAUAGAUAGAUAGAUAAGCCCAUGUUUAAAUAAAGUGCCUCAAUUUUUUGGAAGAGUUGCAAAGUAUGAAGGUUUUUAAAAAAAUAUAUUUAUUCAUUUAGUUAGAUAGUUAGUUAGCUAGUUAGUCCGUUAGUUCUUUCCUUCUUUCAUUUUCUUAUUUGUUUUCACAGUUGAAAACGUUCCUGGCCGUAAAAAGUUUGAGAACCCCCUAGUGUCUCUUUAGAUACUUGUUUCUAAAAAUAUUUAUUUAUUUGUUUAUUUAUUUAUUUAUUUAUUUUGACUGCCAAGCAAAUCUGAUGAUAAAACCCUUUGCUGUGGGGUUCUGCACUGAUUCCUCCUGAUGUAUCCUAUGUGGAGUCCUUAGGGUUCUAGAUUUCACCUUUUUUUUUUUUUCCUUUUCCCCCUGAGUGUACUGCUUGUGUGAAGUCGGUGCGUCAUUACGCACUCUCCAACCAUUUACAGAGCCACUUCAAUCCACUCAGGAGGUCUAGCUGAGAAAGUGGGUGUGGUGUGAGAACAUCAUCAGCUUUUAGGUUUUCAGACAUCUGCAUGAUUCCUUCCUUUGUGGUGUGAGAGCCUCGCUAUACAGUUGUAUACACAUUGUGGGUAUCUGAUUCUUCCAGUGCGGAUGCGUGUGUGCCUGCGCGUCGCAGUGGCACUGAGCUGAACCUCGGAGCGAUGGCGCGCUGCGCGUUCUGGAGCGCUCUGUGUCUCUUCUUCAUAUCCUCUGCUGGACUUUGUUUCGGUACCGGUUUCAUCUACCCGUUCCCUGGACUCACACUGCAGCAUGUGAGCUCAGAACAAAGCGUCGCUGGACCCCCGGCUGCAGGCAUCAGCUCUCAGCGCAGGAACUGGUGCCAGUACACGGUAUCGAAGACAGUUACAUGCCAGGUGCAUAACGGCACAGAGACGACGGUGCAGAGGGUGUUCCAAGGCUGUCGAUGGCCAGGACACUGCUCCAAAGUCAUCAGUUACAGGACUCUGAUCAGGCCUUCGUAUAAGGUGGCCUACCGACAGGUGACGGCGCUCGAAUGGAGGUGCUGUCCCGGCUUCCUGGGAAGUGACUGCAGUGUAGAAUGUAUGAACUGUACGGGUUACAAUGAUCUGAACAAUCGCCUGAACAACCUUGAGAGUAAGAUCAAGUUGUUACAGGAGGCUGAACCUCGUCCUCCAUCUAUCAAUACUCUGCUGGAGAGAUCAACAGACAACGAGGUAGAAACCCCAGAGCCCACCCCUAGGGGACCCCCACCUUUUUGGCAACCAGGGACAAGAGGCCCUCCAGGGCCCAUAGGACCACCUGGUUUACCUGGUUCAUCGGGACCUCCCGGACCUGCAGGAGAGACAGGUUCUCCAGGCCGACCGGGACCCACAGGCCCAAAGGGAGAAAGAGGCUUUCCAGGUGAAAUUGGUCUUCCAGGUCCUCCAGGACAACCUGGACUGCCCAACUCUAUUCCUCUACGGGGGGAUGUAUUUCAGGGACUCAGUCCAGAUGAAACAGCAGGUCGUAUAGGACCACCAGGCCCACCCGGACCUUCGGGCCCCCCAGGUCCUGCUGGAGCUCCUGGCAUUCCAGGUUUACCUGGACAAGAUGCACUGAGGGGUCUCCCUGGAAAAGCUGGAGAACCAGGUCUUAAAGGAGACCGAGGGGAAAGGGGACCUCCAGGAUUUAUCGGGGAGCAAGGCCUGGCUGGCCUAAUGGGAGCCAAGGGGCAGAAAGGCGAGCCAGGAGAGUACCUACCUGACGGUGAAGGAGUUCAGCAGCUGAGAGAAGCUCUGAAGAUCCUGGCUGAGCGAGUGCUCAUUCUGGAGCACAUGAUUGGCAUCCACGAGAACCCAGCAGAAGCCGGCUCUGGACUAGACGGCCUGUCAGAUGCUCUCGGUCUACCAGCAGUGAAGAUCAAACGGGCAGAAUCAGUGCGGCUUCGCUCUUCUUCUCUCCACUCCGGCCAGCAAAAGAGGCGGAGUGUUUGACACAUACACUAGUGAUUUUGUGGAUCUGUCAUUCAUUGCUGUUGAUACGUAAUUAAUCAAGUGAAAGCCUGAGCAAACAGCACUAUUAAGAACUCUUCAUCAUCAUUCAUAAGGAAAUUGUUUUUGCUGUACAGUUUUCACAAGGAAACGUAUGAAUCCUAUUUUUAUUUUUUUUUUCUCUUUUAAUAAGACAUGAGAGUGUUUUUUAUGUGUGUACGUGUGUAUACUUUGUAAGUUCUGAUGUGUCUAGUAUAUAGACUACGCUGCAACCUGUCAUCUCGCUGUCUCUGCACGCCGCUCGUUCUUACUCAUACCCAGUAAACACACACUUGUAGACAGGCCCUCACUACACCUGGUGAUGUCUCGUCGGCGUCCUUCGGGCUUGUUCUCAGUUCGUGAGCUCGUUAAGGCUGUAGUGAGUCGGGGAAGGAACAGAUGAGGCUCCUGCCUGCUAGGCAGCUCCAAAUAAAACAUUGUUAAAUGAGAAACAUCUGGAUCAGGCUUGAAAAAACAAAACAAACCAAAAAAAAACAAAAAAAAACAACCCCAGCCACCUAUUGUUUUGGUUCUACAGUUCUGAAAACAGCUUGUUUGGAUUUGGUAGGAUGUUUACUGUCAGCUAAAUUGCAACCGUGGCUUUGAUUCCCCGUGGUCUUGGCUUUCUCUGUGCUUCUUUUCUGUUUUCUACAGUAUUAUUGGUCUCACCCUACUGUGCGAGUGAGUGUAACAAACAUAUCAGUUGGACUGCAGCUUUCCUUCUCUGCCAUCGCAGACCUUCUUUUCUCGCGAGUAUGUUUACUGAGAGUACAGCUGGCUCUGUAGAAGGGAAAUUAAUAGGGUACUUACUCUAAGAUAACGAAACAUGUCUCUGUGACUCGGUGCUCUGCUGUAAUGGGAUCGCCCUAUUUAUAAGCCAAUUGUUUUCAAAAGCCACUUUCCCAGAUAACAUUUGUCUCACUCAUUUACGCUCCAUUAACAUUGAGAACAAUUACAGUGUAUAUUGACUUCCGAGCAUUAGGACCCCAUUUCCAAUCAUUUAUUUUAUGACUUUAGCUUAGAUGUUGUGUAUUUGAAUUAUUGGUUUACUUUGACUGUAGCCUGUAGGAUUUUACCAUAAGUUGACCUCUUUCUUAAAUCAGCAGCUGAGUAGCGGUGGUACACUGCUGGUUCAGUAUAAUAAAUAAAAAAUUAUAAUAAUUAACCAGAUUGAUCUCGUACAAUAAUUAACAGCAGUGUUAAUAAUAUUUAACAAAAAAGUAUGACAUGACUUAUUUUGACUUUGUACUGUACUGGAGACUUGGUGUCAUGGCUGUUAUUAUGAUAUAUUCUGCCUUGUAUUCAGCCAAUAUUUACUAUUUUUGCACUCUGAUGUCAGGUUGAUAUGGCAAUGACACAGCAAGUAAAAACUGAACUGAAGGUUGUUUGUUGGGGUUCCAUUGUAAAUUGGUGCACACAAAAAUUGUAAUGUCAUUUAAUAAAAGAUUGAAGAUGUAUUCAUAAGUACAUUUUUUUUUUAUUUGAGUUUAUGUUGUUAUCUUGUUGUUGAUAUAUAUUGCAUAUAAUUUUUUUUUACACAAAUUUCUUACAGUCCCUAACCGCAUAACACCUACCAAUCUGAGAGGCAAAAGCAAACAUAUCCUUCUUCCGAGAUGCAAUAUAUAGUUAUAUGGUAGCUGAAUAAGUUAUGCUCUCGACUGUGAAAUUGUUGGGAUUCAAGCUCAUGAUCUCCAAAUGAGAGCGGGAGCAUUUACACAGCUGUGCCAGGGUUGGAGGUUAAAUUCCCGCCUCCACCGUUGUGCACGGAGUUUGCAUGUUUUCUCCAUGCUUCGGGGGUUUUCUGUGGGUACUCUGGUUUCCUCCUCCAGUCCAGUAGGCUGAUUGGCAUCUCUAAAUUGUCCAUAGUGUGUGAUUGUGGCCCGCGAUGAGUUGGCACCCCGUCCAGGGUGUCCCCCACCUUGUACCUCGAGUCCCCUGAGAUAGGCUCCAGGUUUCCUGUGGCCCUGUUUGGAUUAGUAGUACAGAAAAUGGAUGGAUAGAUAUCUAACUAGAAGUGUGGAUCAGGUGCCUGAGCCCGGGACAAGAACCUACAUUUUUGACCAACACAAUUUGAUCAAAUAGGCCUAUACAAAAUGUCAUCAUAUUCCCAGCCCCUACUGUCCAUCCAUUAUGGCAUGAAUGGCAAGAAUUCUGCUGGGAAAGGAUUUUUCUCAAUAUUCCAGAUUUGUUGUGCAGAUAUGUUGGAUCAUGUGGAGUGCACCGUCAAUUGUACAUCUGUUCAGUCAUGCUGUGAACACCCCUGUUUAACAUAAUCCCAAAGAUGCCAGAAGCCACUGAAGCAAAGAAAACUUUCUUCAAGCCAUUCUGAGAUGAUACAUGCUCUGACACAUGGUACAUUCUGAACGUGUCCAACUGAGUUGGGAUAAACUGUAACCAUAAAGGCAUGAACCUUAACAACAGUGAUGUUCAGAUGCGCCAUGCCAUCCAUGCCGUCUUCAGGGGUUAUCAGAAGCCUUCAUGCGUUCAAAGGACAACAUCCCCCACACCAUCAAAUAGAA